CCCGCCUCCAAAUUGACAUAAGUUGUGGAACCCGUUGAGAGUGCGCGUGGAGUCCUCGCGACGUUGGAAGAUGAUGAUCAAUUUCACGAAGUGUCACUCGGUGCUGAUCACGGGGGCGAGCAGAGGGCUCGGACUGCAAAUGGUCAGACAGCUGCUCGCUACCCCGGAAAGACCCAAAAGGAUCAUUGCAACCGCCCGUAAUCCAACAGCUGCAGAGGAUUUGCAAGAGCUUGCCAAAUCUAAUCCAGGCGUUCAUGUUGUGCCUCUAGAUGUCACCAGUGACACCAGUGUGGAUGCUGCAGUGCAGGCAGUGGAAUCCAUUGUGGGUGCUGAUGGCUUGAACUGCUUAAUUAAUAAUGCAGCGAUUAACAUCCCCUCUGAACUGAACACAGUCACACGAGAUGCCAUGAUGAAAACCUAUGAGAGUAACACAGUGGCUCCUCUUUUUGUGACCAAGGCUUUCCUGCCGUUGUUGAGAAGGGCGGCAGCUGAAGGCAGUAACAUGGGAAUCCACAGAGCCGCUGUGAUCAAUGUGUCAUCUCUCCUGGGGUCCUGCCAGCUCAACUGGGGCGAAGCAGCGGGCUUCAAGAGUUACACUUACAGGGCAUCUAAGAGUGCCUUGAAUAUGGUAUCAAGGUGUUUGGCUGUUGAUCUGGAAGCUGAGGGGAUCUUGUGCGUCGCCCUUCACCCUGGUUGGGUGCGCACUGAUAUGGGUGGACCAAUGGCACCUUUGAGUCCAGAGGAAAGCAUAUUAGCCGUAUUGUCUGUCAUUUCUGGACUCACGGAGAAACAUCACGGUGCAUAUUUGGACUACAAUGGAGAAAGCUUACCCUGGUGAUCUCCAUAUUGUCCGAGAGCCAGAUGACCACUGAGGAGCUUAAGACCUGCGGGAUUAAUUAUUCAUGCUUCCACCUGUGUGUCCCAACCAAGUGCACAUAUUUUUGAAAUAAAAAGUUUUUUUCUAGCUGUC